CCACUUAAAUGGCGCGCGCGUAAUUGCUCCAGAUGGGCGUAUUACGCAGAUGGGCAUGGCAAUAUUCCGCGCAUGCGUAAUUCCGCGUACUACCACAAUACCACGCGGCGCGCAAAGUGUUAAGAAAUGGGAUAUGCUUCAAUAACCAAUGCAUUGACGUUACCAAGACGGGCGAUUUUUGUGAAAGCCUGGCUCUUUAAUGAAGGAAAUGGGAAGCUUAGUGGAGAGAAUGGAAAACACCAACCUGAAGUGUAUAAUGCCUAAUUGGCUUUCAAAUACGGUUAAAUUUUCUGCCGUAAGACACAGGAUAUGACAUUAUCUGUAGUAUAUUAUUUGAAAUAUUUGCCGUGCACACCAAUAAAGGUGCAAAGUGAAAAACAGAAAAAGAGAGGAAAAUUAUAGAGUGGCAGCCAUAAGAACAGCAUAAGGAUCUAGUAUAAUUAGGCAGUAGUAUAAAGGCAGCACAGAGCAGACCAGUGGCCAGCUGGACUCUUUCCCAUCGCCAACCAGGGCUUACUGGCUCCUGGACUGGCCAGUGGUCUACUCAGUAGUAAAAUGGAAUCAUAAUCAUUCAGCAUGUAUGGUAGAUUCUAAAGGGGAAUUAAAACCAAAACACUGACGAAUAUCGCCAUUAAGAGAUGCAUAAAUAGUAUCAUUGUCAGAUUAAAAAUACAUGAAAUUAUAGCCUGUAAAAGUGAAUGCAAGAGAUGAAGAGGUAGAAAAACAGCUUUGAAGAAGACAUAGCAGAUGAGUACUGGGAGUCGUAUAGCAGGAGACAAUGACGAAUAGUGCUGUGAGAUUGCCGUGGCAACUUACAGAUUCUACGUAGUAAAUGAUUGAUCGCAACUUGAAUAAUAUCUAAAUCAGGUGAGGAGAGGGACCAGGGACUGGAACCAUACAGAGACAGACAAAACAAUUUCAUAAGAAAACACUUUACAGAAGGAUGCACGCACUUGAACGUGCUCAAUUAAUAGUUAAGAGUUAAUGCAUUGCAAUAGAGGAUUUCAGUGGUAAUCAACGAGAUGUGGUAAAAAGUGGUAUCCACUGUAUUAGGUCGGCCUCGUACUCGUCCUCAACGUGAACGGUGUGAGUGGCACUACCACCUUGGUGGAGUCAGACACUGUAGAGUUCCUCUCGGUGCUGAGCUUAAAGAAGUUUUAGAGGUGGCUUAUGUAAGUCGUGUUAUGUCAAAGAAUUUCAGAAAGGAAGGCCAACCAGAGAAGGAAAGACUUGCUAAAAUAACAGGAAUGGAUAUUGACAAAGUUCAAGAAUGGUUUAAAAACCGCCGUAAAAAAGAUAGACUGUUACAGGAAAGAGCAAUGGGAAGAAAUCUACCCAAGUGCCACCGCAGUCGCAAGUCUACCACAUCUGAAACUACUGUGACAGAGCCAAACAUUAUGCCUCUAUGAAUGCAUGUUUGCUUUUGGUGAGCGUAGAAGAGUUCUACAUUUUGUUAUAUCUUUUCCUCUGUCACUCUAUCUAAGUGGAAAUAUCAAAUAAAGUGGGAUAUAGGGAUGGCUUGAAGCACCAAGAAUAAAGAAACA